AUGGAAGAUAACCUUUGUAAAAAAAUUUUGAAUAAAUUGACUGAUAUUAAUGAAUCAAAGCUUACCUUAACUCAAAUUCCACCAGAGAUUCUUGAAAUAAUUUGCGGAUAUUUAUGUCCUAAAGAUCUAUUUUCUCUAACUUUAGUAUGUAAGAAAUUAAAAAAUUUUUUGUGGUCAUUUGAUUCCAAUAUGACACAACGUAUUUGGCGUAACUCAAGAAUCAGAUGGUCAACUUUUGUUGAGUAUAAAGGAGUUCCUCCUCCUUCUGAAGAGAUUAUGUCCCAGCAAAAGUGUAUUUGGCUUAUUGAUUUGGUUGAUGCUUGUCAAAUUUGUGGAGAUAAACGAAAAGAUGGUUCAAGGAUUUAUUGGCCUUUUAAACUGUAUAGUUGUAAAAAUUGUAUAGAUUCUCGUGUUAUAAGCUUUGAAUCAGCAAUACAAAAAGGAAUUUCGGGCUCCGUAUUUUAUUCUUUACCUUGUAUUUUCCUUUACAACGAGCAUGGAGUUGAUAGGUAUUGUUUAGAAAGUGAUGUUUUAAAAACUCAAAGAGAGUAUGAAAGUAUUAAUGUUGAGAAAAGAGAAGAAUGGAUUAAAGAGAAAAUAGGUGAUCAAUUUAAAGUCAAUGAUCUUCUUAUUCAAUAUACUCAGAGAGAAGAGAGUAGAAUCCGGAAAGAGAAACCCAAGUGUCGCCCCGGAAGAGCGACUAGAAUGAUAUCUAAUAAUUAUUACUAUUAA